AAUAUCUAAUAAACCUGUGCCUGAGUUUGCUUCGUUGACUUGUCUCGACACUCACUCGCUCACUCAUAAUCACCAUGGCAUCCAUGAAAGAAAAGAAGAGUGGUCGCCGUUUCCUUUGGCUCUGUUGCUCCGUGAUUGAGCUCAAGGAGAAGAAGAAGAAAAUAACUGACACUGAUAGUGAUGGCGGCCCACAUCAAAACGAUGUUUCGUCGAUCAUUUUUGGGCGGGAAAGCAAACGAUCAAGCGCGUUCGUCUGUUGCUCCGUGAUCGGUGGACCGCCUCCUUCCCCGAAGCCACUUCAUGAUCAAAAAAUUGAUCAUCCUUCUGAUAUGGGUAUGGCAAAGAGUGCUCUAGCAGUGGUGCCAGUGCCACACAAGGAUGUCUAAAAAAAGAGCAGAUAACAUAAACUGAUUUAUGGUUGGUCUGCAUUUCCUUGGUGGGAAAAAAUUGCACUACCUAAAUAAGUGUUAUACCAUGAGUGGUUGUCGUAUCGAGCUGAUAAUGUGUAAUAUGUAUUUUAAUGUUAUUCUCGUCGAAAAUGUCAUAUAUGUAUAUAUAUAUAUUAUUUUCUCAGGCUGGCUUGGCAAAAUAUUAUUGUAAGGGUGUGUGAGCAAAGCUGUUGUUUGUUUGGGCAUAAGUAAUUUGGAGAUGGUAGAAACGUUGCAAGUUUACUGUGGUGAAUCAAGUUAGUCUUCUUUUUUUUUUUUUUUUCU